AUGCCCCCCCACCGUUUCCAAAAACUGGGGAACAGGCUCCUCUCGACCUUGUUAAUUCACCCCAAGGCAUCCCUGCUGUUUGUAGUACAUCUUUUCCUUUUUAGACAAGGCACCUGCUUACGGCCUAGUGGAAGCAACACAUUCGCAACUGACCUAACAUGGGAGGAAGGGAGGAAGUUAGACUUGCCAACAUGUAACACGUGUGACGCGGAUGAUGCCUGUUCCGUGUGUAUCCAUGAGAAGGGAGAGUCUGAGAAUAUAAUCCCCAUGGUGGCCAUCCCAAGCAAGCGCAAAUAUCUUCAAGAGAAAAUUGAGAAAAUAAAAUCAGAGCUUCACCAAAAUUUACCUGAGCAGAAAUGGAAGAAAAAAAAGAAAAAAGAAUCUUACAGUUUUUUUGAAGGGGAAGACGAUGACAAGGGGGAGGUGGACGAAGAAGAAGGAGAUUCCACUUCCCACGCGACGAUGGACAACCAGAUUUUCCAUCAUAACAAAGGAACCCAUUACGAAGGGGAAGACAAGCACCCCGAUGAGUUUCAAAAAUGCGCCACUUCGGAUUGUCACAUGAAUAAGGAUGCUUCUGGAAUUCCUGAUUACCUUAGGCACUUUAUGGAUGGCUCAGAGGAGAAGGCCCAGACAUCGUGGAGCAGUUGGAGCAGUGCCUUUAAAAAGAAGGAGGUUUCCUCUUCUACCGACCAAGUGACCCUACCCCUCCAGCAAUUGCAAGAUAGCCAAUACGUUGGGUAUAUCCAAAUAGGCAACCCACCGCAAACGAUCAGACCCAUAUUUGACACCGGGAGCACGAACAUCUGGGUCGUGAGCACCAAGUGCAAGGAUGACACUUGUCUGAAGGUGCACCGGUACGACUACAAGCUAUCUAAGAGCUUCCGCUACUACAAGCCGCGCACGAAUCUGGAUAUCAUGUUUGGCACGGGAAUAAUCCAAGGCGUGAUCGGUGUGGAGAACUUCCGCAUAGGACCGUUCAAGUUAUUCAACCAACCCUUCGGUCUCGUAAAGCGCGAGAAAAGGAGUGAAGCAAAGUCAAACGUCUUUGAGAGAAUUAACUUCGAAGGCAUAGUUGGGUUGGCAUUCCCAGCAAUGCUAUCGACAGGAAAAACAACCAUCUAUGAAAACCUUAUGGACACAUAUAAGCUCAGCCAUAACGAGUUCUCUAUAUAUAUAGGAAAAGACAAUAAACAUUCAGCUUUAAUUUUUGGAGGAGUGGACAGACGCUUUUUCGAGGGAGACAUUUAUAUGUUUCCAGUGGUAAAAGAAUACUACUGGGAAAUAGAAUUUGACGGACUGUACAUUGAUCAUCAGAAAUUUUGUUGUGAUUCCAGUUCCAUUGUUUACGACAUGAGAAAGAAAGAAAAAAAAAAAGGGAAAGUGCACAGAAAUUCUUUUGUGAGGAAAUACUUGAAAAAAAAAACUGACUUGAUGAAUAUGUCGAGUGUUUGGCACCACCGUCGGGAAGGCGCAGAAGUAGACUCAAAGGAGGAUCAAUCAGGGAUAGAUCUCUCUGAGGAGGAGAAAGAUGGAGAACAUUCCAUCAGGGGCGAAGUAAACACAUAUGGUGUUCAUCCGGGAAGACAUGGUAAAGGGGUACACAGCCGACAGCAGAGGCGACACAGGCGACAUGGAUGGAGAAGACACAUGAGAAGAGUCAACCACCGAGGAAAGGAUAAUAAAUUGAAGAAAAACAAAAACUACCUCAUCUUCGAUUCUGGGACAUCUUACAAUAGUGUUCCUAAGUCGGAGAUCAAGUACUUCUUCAAGAUCCUUCCUUCGAAGAAAUGUGACGACAGCAACAUAGAGGAAGUAGUGGCUAGUUACCCUAACCUGACCUACGUCAUUAACAACAUGCCCUUCACGCUGACGCCGGCGCAGUACCUUGUCCGGAAGUCCAACAUGUGCAAGCCGGCGUUCAUGGAAAUAGAAGUUUCGCCUGAAUAUGGCCACGCAUACAUUUUGGGGAAUGCGACUUUCAUGAGAUACUACUACACCGUCUACAGACGCGGAGAUGGGAACAAGAGCUCCUACGUGGGCAUUGCAAAGGCAGUGCACGCAGAAGACAAUGAGGAGUAUCUGACCAACCUGCAGAGGAAGAUGAACCAAAUGGAGUAG